AUGGAGGAUCAAGUUAUUGGAAUGGAUAAACAAACCAAAGUUGUUCCAAUCAAGAUUGUUGAUUCUUUGCCUCCUUUCAAUGUUCCUGUUUCUGCUAAGUGGCAUUACCUCUCUGCCUUUGUCUACUUUAUGGUGGCAAAUGCAAUAGCAUGCGCAUAUGGAGCCAUAUCUAUGGUAGUCACCUUCUUAGAUAGAGUUGGUCUUCUUGGCUACAACGGAAACUCUCAUGUAAGAUGGAACAAAGUGUGUGAUGUGUUUGAUAAGUUUUGUCAUCAAGUGGCUGCUUCAAUUAUUUUGUCUCUGCUUGGAUCACUAGCAUUUCUAUUGCUAAUAGUGAUUCUUCCCAUCUUGAGGUUUCAUAGGAGAACUUAG